AUGGCCCCCAUACCCCUCCGGAAACAAUCCCCAUCAUCCCUCUCUUCCGCCCCGCCCAAAACACCCUUCCCCGGCACCGGUACAUUCUCCAACCCAUUCAUCGUCGACUACCUCCCCUCCGACCCUCUCAACCCCUACAACUGGCCCAAAUCCAAGCGGUGGGGCGUGACAAUGUUGAUCGGGGUGACGGCGUUGUGUCCGCCGUUUGCGAGUGUGUCGUAUUCGGCGACUUUGGGGGACGUGGUGCAGGAUUUCGGGAUCAGUCGCGAGCUGGCGACGGCUGGUAUCAGUCUAUUUAUCGCCGGAUUCGGCUUCGGCCCCCUCAUCUGGGCUCCCCUCUCAGAAAUCUACGGCCGCGUCCCCGCCUUCCUCCUCUCCUACCCCAUCUUCACCCUCUUCAACCUCGGCACCGCCCUCUCCCACUCCACCGCCCCACUCAUGGUCACGCGCUUCUGCGCCGGCUUCUUUGGGGGGGUGACGUUGACGAAUAGCGGGGCGCAGAUUGGGGAUAUGUGGGCGGUUUGGGAGAGGGCGGUGGCGACGAGUGUCUUUGCGUUGGCGCCGUUUUUAGGGCCUGUUGCUGGGCCGAUUGUGGGGGGGUAUGUGGCGGAGAAAUGUGGGUAUCGGUGGGUGUAUUGGAUUCAGUUCAUCUUUGCCGCAGUCAUGACGGUCCUCUGUAUCAUUUUUAUCCCCGAAACAUACGCGCCCACCAUCCUCCGGCGAGAAGCCAUCCGCCUGCAAAAAGUCGCGCAAGAAGAAGGCAGGGACGAGCACUUUCUCUCGAAAUAUGACAUUGAGCGUAAAAGCAAGAGCGAGAUUAUCCAGAUUGGGCUGUAUCGGCCUUUCCAGAUGCUGUUCACGGAAGUUAUCGUGGCUUGUUUGAGUGUCUAUGGAGCUUUAAUAUAUGGCAUUCUCUACCUGUUCUUCACCGCCUUCCCCAUCGUCUUUCAACAAACCCGACACUGGUCCAUCGGCCAGUCCGGCCUCGCCUUCCUCGGAAUGGGUGUCGGCCUCAUGGCCGGCGUAGCCAUCAACCCCUCCAUCUCCUCCUACUUUUACACCCGCUCCCACCUCAUCGACGGCCGUCCCCCGCCCGAAUCCCGGCUCCCCGUCUGCUGUAUCGGCGCCGUCCUCGCCCCCCUCGGCUUAUUUUGGUUCGCCUGGACCUCCGCCCCGCCCGUACACUACAUCGUCUCGAUUAUCGCGUGUAUACCGUUUGGAUUCGCGUUCUUGUUGAUCUUUACGUCGAUGACGAAUUACUUGAUUGAUUCGUAUGAGCUGUAUGCGGCGUCGGCGUUGGCGGCGCAGGCGGUCUCGAGGUGUUUGUUUGGGGCGAUUUUCCCGUUGUUUGCGAAGGAUAUGUAUGAGGGGAUGGGGCUGCAUUGGGCGGGGACGUUGGUGGCGUUUUUGGCGCUGGCUUGUACGCCUCUGCCAUUCUUGUUUUAUCGAUACGGCGCUUUCCUGAGACGUAAAUCGCGGUAUGCGCCUUCUAUCGUCGUCUCUUCGAACCACGACGAAGAGAAGGGGGAAGAGAAGGAAGAGGAGGGGCUGAGCAAAGUGCAGUCGAGGGGAGAAGAGGGGUUGGAGCCGGAGUGGGCGAGGGAUGCUGGGGAAGGAGCGGGAAGGGAGAGGGGGUCGGUGAAGGUGUAG